UCUGAAUCUUUCUUGUCCCGCUGUAUCCCAUAUUGCUAGUUUUACUCUGCUACCAUCAAUGUUUAAUCUCUUCGUUUUAAAAUCUACACCAAUUGUUAAUGUUUGUUCUGGAUCGAAGUUAUCCUCUGUAAAUCUUAAUAGAAGACUAGAUUUUCCUACACCACUCUCACCAAUGAUUAAUAUUUUCAAAGUUGUAAGAAUAUCUUCGUCCAUGGUUCUUUGUUACAACAUUUAUAGUUUAAUUCAAAUUUGUUUGCUGUAUUUUUUUGGUAGAGUUGGAUUAGCAAAUAAUAUUUUACUAAAUUCUGGAUUGAUUGACGAAAAACAGACUUUAGAAUAAAUUUAAAUCAAUAAAUAUCUCUAUUUUCACUAAUGACGCAUAUCAAAAUUAUGAAAAUAAAUACUUCAAUGUCAUUUCAUUAAUAAAACUUCAAUGUCAAAUUUCUGACAUGUAGAACAAUGACCCUUUACUAUAUAAGUAUUUGGUAACUUUUCGUCACAAGUAUCAAGUGCUUAGAAUGUAUUAAAUUUCAUUAAACAAAUAGAUAGAAUUGUAAAAAAAUACACUUUUUUCACUUUAAAAAAAACAUGUAGUUCUAAAAAUAAAAUUCAUCAAUGAAAAAGACCAUCGCUCAGCAAAGAACAAAAAUAGAAUGAACAAAUAUAGACAUAUACACAUUGGCACAUAAGGAAGAGAGAUAAAAGAGUAUAAAAAUAAGUAGAAAUAAACGUCAAAACUGUCAAAUAUCAAAGUUGCUUCGUUUAUUUGAUUCGUUGCCAUGAUUCGGUUGUUCGUUGCUUGUCACCCAAGUUUGUCAUAAAUAUUUUCAACUAACGAAGUAUUUUGUUUAAAUUUGAAUUAUUAGCUUUUCUUGCAUAUUUUUUCAGUUUUUAAUUGUUUUAAUUAAACUAAAAUGAACAAUAGGUGUCGGAUAUGUUUAGACGAGGUCCCAAAACUGUACCCUAUAAAUGGAACAAUUUUAAAUUGUGAUGAAGAAAUCAACACUAUGAUAAAGUACUGUACUUCGAUAGAACUAGAAUUAAGUGAAGAUUUGCCGGAUGGCAUCUGUGUACCAUGUUUUAAAACAUUAAGAAUAGCCUAUAAUUUUAUUGUCCAAUUUAAAGAGAAUCAUGAAAAAUUGUUACAAGAAAGAGAAAUACUGAUUUCACCUAAUGACGCUAUUAAUUUAAAACGUGAACACUUGGAAGAAAAAAAAGAGAUAGCUCCAGGAGGAUCUCAAGAAAUAUGUGAGAAACAGGAGAUGGAGGAUGCUCAAUUGGAAGAACAGGUUGAAUAUGAACUGUUGGAGGAGGAUCAAGAACAGGAAUUAGUUGAACAAGAGUUAGUUGAACAAGAGUUGGUUGAACAAGAAGGUGAUGAGGAGGAAUAUGAAUAUCAGGAAGUAGAAGUGGAAAAUCUGGGCGAAUUUCUAAAUAGUUUAGACGAAAAUGGUGCUUCAACUAGUAUAGAAAAUUUUCAACAUAAUGUUACAGUCAAGGUUAUUAAAGCAGAAGUACCUCUUGAAGGUGAUUCAAAUCACAAGCCUCAAACCGUCUUACGGCGAAAAAUAAAAAUACGAUUUUCUUGUCCUGUAUGUCCCUCCAUGUAUUUUGCUUCUUUUGAAAAUGGCCUCUUACCCCACAUGUCUUUGCAUGAUGAGUCUUUUCAAUGUAAUGUUUGCGUGGAUGGUAUACUUUACAAUCCAGAUACUUUUUUGAACCAUUUUAUGAAGUUUCAUAGGUACCAGUGUCCUUAUUGUGGGAAGAGCUUUAAUAGGACAGGUACCUUGACGGCUCAUAUUAAGACCCAUUCCAAUUUAAGGUAUUGCUGCAGCGGCGAAGGUUGUAACAAGACAUUUCCGACUUCCUGGAGUCUCAAAAAGCACGAAGGGAUUCAUUCAACGCACGCAGAGUACCUCUGCAGCGAAUGCAAUUUAGAAUUCAAAACGUACGAUACGUAUAUGUACCACCAAAAGAAACACAAUGGUAAAAAAUUUUUGUGUAUGUGUUGUGGACGGACAUUCAUGCAAUCCGUGCAUUUAAAAUAUCACAUGCAGCAACAUACCGGUAUAAAGCAUUUCAAUUGCGAUAAGUGCCCAAAGAGCUAUACUUCAUCUAGUCAACUUAAGAAGCAUAAGACGAGGCAUCAUCCCGAGCAGAUAGCGGAUAACAUGUGGGUGGAAAGAAUUGAUAUGGAUCAACAAGAAUAUGAAGAUGUUAUGCAAUAAUUGAUUGUUUAUCAAACAAUGCAAUUUGAUUAAAAAUAAAGGCCCAUCAAAGUUGGAUACUGACUGAUACAAGUGGAGAAGAAUUUUAUAUUAAAGUUUUAAUUUAAUUUCGUCUUAUGAAAGAAAUAAUAAAAUUGUUAGUAAAUAAAUACAGUUAUAUUAAAAAAACUUGUAGCUUUUUACAUAUUUUAAAUUUUCCGAAAAAAAUCAUUUAUAAAGAGAAAUAAUGGAACUGUGAUUGUAUUUUCCUCUCGUAGAUUUAAGACUCUCUGAAUUUAAAACUAUUAAAAACA